CCUAACAACUGCGACAGUGCUAAGUGAACGUAGUGCCACAUCAUACAAGGAUAGGCCCAGUGCAAUCAACAGGCAGCAUGGAUGACAGACAUCAUACAGCAGACUACAAACAACACUUCUCCCCGCUCCUGUAUCUCCAGAGCUUUUAUUCCGGCAUUGAAGGGAAUCCCAUGCAAGACUUUCUCACCACAAAGAUGCAGUUUUGGCACGAAGUGUUUGUUGAUGGUAAGAUAAAAGGACGAAGGCUACUGGACAUCGGUACUGGGCCGUCUGUCCAUUCCGUCAUCAGCGCUUCCCCUCACUGUGACGAAAUCUACCUCACUGACUUUACCCCAAAGAACAGAGCGGCUCUCAAACAGUGGCUACAGGGAGACCUACAACACAGUUUUGAGAGCUUUUUUCGAUUUGUCGUCAAUAGCGAAGGGAAAGGAGAGUCGUGGGAUGAACGAGAAAACCAACUGAGAGGAAAGGUAUCUGGCAUAUUACAUAUUGAUUUAAGACAAGCUGACCCUCUAGCUCCAAACAUUAUGCCUACAUUUGACGUUAUUACUUCAUCACUGUGUCUUGAGGCAGCAGCUGAAGACAUCACCGAGUACGAGAACAUGGCUGGGCGUGUUGCGGCAUUACUGAAAGAAGAUGGACAUGUGAUACUGUAUGGCAACAUUGGGGAAAAACUAUACACUGUGGGUGACCACUCCUUUCCUUUAAUACGGGUCAAGGAGGACCAGGUGAAAUCUGUAUGGGUGAAGUGUGGUUUCAGCAUAACUGAAUGGAAACAGAAGGUGUAUCCUGAGUUUCCUGACACAGCUGUGACUGGCCUUAAGGGAUCAUUUAUGUUGGUCGCGAAGAAACUGGGAAAACCGGAACAUACAUGAGACAACGUACUUAUCGAACCGCUUUCUCCGGUCUCUUGUAGUUCGUAAUGUCCAUUGUAUUUUCAUAGACUUAAUAACGUAUA